AGGUAAACGUAAACAACGAAUGUCUGCAAUUGCGUGAAUACUCGUUGGUGAAUACCUAGGUAUUGUAAUGUUGUGUUUCCACAAACCAGUUGGAAUUAAAAAAAACGGUCCUUUCGGGGUUAAUUAAGGAACGUCUUUAGUAUAUGGAAAACUUAUAUUCAUAUUUAUCACGGGUAAACAAUGAAUGGCGAUAAAAUGUUAUUUUUUCACAAACUAGUAGGAAUUGCAAAGCCAUCCCUUCGUAGUAAAUUAAUGGAUGUGUGUAGUGUGUGAAAACCACGUUUUCCGAUUAUUUUUUUCUUUCCGUCCUAAAAAGCCGUGGCGUCCGAUAAUUACUGCAGUUUUAUCUGGAUUCAGAUGAUUUCAGUAAUUCACCAGAAGUCUUCCAUGAAGCCUGUUUAAAGUUUCAGGGAAUACCCGAGACUCCCUGUUCCCAGGAGUACAGCAGCAGUGUCCAUGGCUGCUGUGUGUCCGUAUCCCGUCAGCAGUGAAGGUGGCCGUAGUCUCGGGUUGUCGCAGCUCAGCAGGUCUUUCCAGGCAACGACCCGUUCUUCAAAGGAAGAACCUGCUCAGAAUGGUUUUAGGGCAGAACUUGGAGGAUUUACCCAAGAAGUAGGUUUAUGCGAUGGAUUUGAAAAUCAAACUCAUAACAGUGAUGCACAUAUUCCAGGACGGCAAAACGGCACCGUGCAGAAGAGCCUCGAGGACAACGAUGAAGGUUUAAACCGGACGCCAGGCAGCCACCAGCCGUCCCCAACCAAGGGUGGCUCAGUGCUGGUGGGCAGCAAGGCAGGGCCGGUAGGAGACCCACUUCUCAGCCUGGACUCGAUGUGCUUCAAACACAUCACGGCGCUAGAGUCCCAGAGCCAAUUCGACCAGGCAGGCGUCGGCUACGCCCCGCAGCAGCAGCAGCAGCAGCAGCAGCAGCAGCAGCAGCAGCAGCAGCAGCAGCAGCAGCAGCAGCAGCAGUACUCUACGGGGAUGCUGCCCCACAUGCAGCAACUGUAUCACAGCCAGCAUCAAGGAACUCCGCUCCUGCAGCAGCAACGGUAUGUGGCCACACAGAUGCAGCAAAAACGGAAUUUGGCCACACAGAUGCAGAGACGACGGUAUUUGGCCACACAGCAGCAGCAACGGUUGGAUCCCACUGUCAUCCCUCGUUACCACGGGAUGGCACCGUGGGGCAUGCACCCCACCAACAUCAUCCAGCAAGAAGCAGCAGCUGCUCAGCAGAGGAGACCGCUCACACCUUCCUCGAUCAAGGACAUCUCCACCGGCACUCGGAAUCUCUCGCAGGGGCAGUAUCAGACGAUGCCGGCGUAUUACGACCGGAACAGGUCCGUCACGAUGGGCGACGUGUGUGGCAUCGGCAACGGCACCCCGGCGCCAGUCACAGUGAACACAGACACCCCUGCCAGCAACAUGCGCCUGCUGGGAGGCCAGACCCGGCAGAUAAGCACGCCGCCCUCAGCGACCUUGUACAGUGCCACGCCACAGCAGUCGCUGUACAGCUCCUCUGCGGCCGGCGGGUCCACGAUCAGUGGCUUGCAGACUGGUGUGGGUGCGAGUGGUGGUUUCCCGUCUCUCGCCACCACACCCGGCUACGGCAGUGUGGGCUCCCCGGUGGUGGGAACCUUGGCUUCAGGAAGAACUGAUACAAAUCAAUCGGUUACUGUACAUGAACCAUUGUCUGCUGUUAGUAAAAUUACAUCUGAUUUCAAGGGUGAACCACCUUGUGACAUUACGUUUCCGUCGACCACAAAAAUCAAGACUGAACCAGUUGAAGAUGAAGUAAGAGAGUACUUCGGAGGCAUGUUAGAUUCAGCAUAUUCUCCGAACAAACAUAUAACUGUUGAAAGCAACCCACGUGUGUCAGUUUCAGAAGCCUCAUUACUGCCUGAAGAAAUUUUCAAUGCCGACAAUGAAGUGGUGGUGCUCGACAGUAACCAGUUUCUACGGGAGAUGUUUGACAUCGUGUACGUAUGUAGCUUCUGCGGUCGUAGGUUCAAGUAUGAGUCCCGGCUGAACAAGCAUUUGAUCGUUCACAGUUACGAGAGAAAUUUCAAGUGCGAUAAAUGUGGAGCUGCAUUCAAAGUAAACUCCACCCUCCAGACUCACCUUCUGACACACAGCAUGGACAAACCCUUCAAGUGUGACAAGUGUCCUUCCACCCAGUGUACGCGUAGCGCUCUCAAGAAACACAUGGAAAAAAAGCACGGAGACAGUACUGAUAGCUACGUCUGCGAUUUUUGUGGUGAGAUGUUGAAGACAAGUCAGCGUCUGGAAUGCCACAUCCGACGCCACGCGGGCAAGAAUGUUUUGUGCGUAGCUUGUGGCAAGUUGUUCUACACAGUGUCACAUCUCAAAAAGCACACGGCCAGGCAUCACGACCUCACGCAAGAGGAGCCGGGCGAGAAUUUCGAGUGCUCGCACUGUUCUCGCACGUACACCGACAAACGUUCCCUGCAAAUCCACAUUAUGAUAGUCCACCUCAAGGAGAUGCCCUACGAGUGUGAGAAGUGCGGAAUUAAGUUUGCAUUGAAAUAUAAGUUGAACAGGCACGUUGCCAGUCACAAGCAGAGGAAGUUCUGGUGCCACUGCAAGAAGAGUUUCGUGACAAAGACUGGUCUGGACAGACACAAGCUGACGCACGUCAACUACAGACCGUACGUGUGUGACAUGUGCGGGCUGACGUUCACGCAGAAGGGCUCGGUGUUGAGGCACAUAGUGACGAGCAUGAGGGGAAGGUACUUCAAGAGAACUGGUACUUGCAAACCUAUCGCCGGGCGGGAAGAACAUUACCUCUAUCACAAAAACAGGUGAAAUCAGAAGUUCAGUAGUUGUUUGUAUAAAUGCAAUUAUUGAGUUGUGCACAAUAUAAUGGUGAAUAAUUUUGUAGAUGAUGGAAGUGAUCAAGUAAUCAUUGGCCAUCUUUACAUACGCUACCAUUAGCUGUGUGGUUAUGGGUUUUAUUUUUCAAUCUUGGUUCAGUUUAACAUCAAAUACUCUGGUUUUAAAAUCCUGUUUUGGUUUUGAUAACAGAAAAAAAGUCAAUUUUUUAGUGCUAAAUUAAUAUCAUUGAUAAGGUUUUGUAUUUCAAAAAAUUAUUUAAAGCAAUUCUAUAUCACGGAAAAAAGAACACAGUUUUUGAACUAGCCUAAAAGUUUUUUUUUUUUAUAUAUAGUUUUCUAAAGGUUUUUUUUAACCAACCUCAAUUUUUCAGUAGCAAGGGACAAGAUUAUAUGGUGGAUUGCGAUAAAACCGAAAUAGCAUUGAAAAGCAUGCCAUAACACCGUAUAACACCAAAAUGCAACUGGCAGAACAAAAUAAACAGCAUUUUUAAUCAAAAAUUGUACUCAAAACCCAAAAACUGAUUUUUUUAAUUUAUUAAACUCAAGGAAUGUGAUAUAUAUUUAGCAUAAAAGUUGAACUAAAAAAAAUUAACAAAAAAUAAUUAUUCUUUUUUUAAACUUUUUAUUAAUUUUUAACUGUUAUUAGUAACUCAUUUUUACAUUUAUGAAACGCAUAAUUACUUGCAAAUUUAUUUUUAUUGUUCCGAGUAGUUAGAAAUGCUUAUUACAAAUUAUUAAAGAGAAUCAUGUAUCAGUCACAGUAAACUGUUUAGUGAAGUAAGUAUUAUGAAACAUUUAAGUGUCAUAAUUUUUUUUAAAAUAAUAUUGUAUAUUUAUGAAUAAAAAGUUCAUAAAAAAUAAAAACAAAAACACAAACCUCAUGUUUUGAAAACAAAAUUACAAAUUCUUGUCAAUGUCAAUAGCGCAAUUGAUGCGAGCUUCCAGAUCUUCAUGACAAAGAUGCAUUGUAAUUUUAAGUUAAGCGAAUAUUGCACUAAUUGCAUUCGUUGCACUAAUUUAUAUAUUUUUGCUACAAUUCUAAUAUAAUUUAUUUUUAAAAGUCUACAACUAGCAUUAAGUUUCACAAUACGUUUUCUUGCAUGAUUUGUUUAUAUUUUUGGCCUUAUAAUGUGCAUAACAGCCAGAAAUCAUAACUUUCAAGGAACGUGUUUUUUACAAGAUAUUACGUAAACAUUACAAACAUUACAAAUGCAGAAAUUUCAGAAACGUAUAAAAAUACUUUAGUGGAUCAGGAUAAUUGCACCUUUUAAGUGUAUCCACCAUACAUAACCAAUCCUUCUAAUAUAUGUUUAAUUACUACUGGUUUGAUAGAGUUAUACCCAUCUGAAAGUUUCAAAAAACAUCUCAUACGGAGUAAUUGCUUUGUAGGUUUUUGCCUGGGCACAACUAGUACUGCCUAACUGAUUCAGGAUACUGAUGAUUAUUUUUAUCUAUAUUUAUAUCCAAUAAUAACUCGUGACUUUUAGCAAUCUUUAACUGUAAUUCAUUCAAGUGAACGAGAUACUGCUCUGGAAUGAUAACUGUGACAGUAUUCACAACACACUCAAGUUUUAAAUAAAAUAUAAUAUGUAUAAUGGAAGUUAUAAUAACCAAAAUCUAAUUAUAGUAGCUAUUUACUAGAAAAUUAUAAUGUUAAAAUUCAAAAUCAAUUAUGCAAAUAUCUCUUGUUAUCAACAAACAAUAUUCUCAAUAAUUAUCAAUGCAUGAAUGAAAACUAUAAUCAGUCAGAGAACAAAUCAAAGGAACCCUUUUCUUUUAUGAAACCAUUGAGCAAACGAAAAAUCAAUAGUUUGUAAAAGUAAAGAAAGUAUUAUGAAAAUUGGUCCCAAUAAAAAUUAACAACAUAAUUUCAUAUUUAAAAGAUAUGAAAUGAAAUUCCAAUAUGUUUUGGAUACUAUCAAUAAAACAAACAUCCAAAAAACUUUAGAACAAUCAUAUACCCUUGUACAUACCAUUGUAGAUUACAGUACCUACGUAAAUACGUGUCCUUUCGCCACAACAGCAUGUUGUGGCCCGUAGUUACUAUGAAUAAGACUUGGGGGUGACAUCUGUUGUCGACGAGGUAAAAAUAUCAGGACGUGCAGGCUGUUUCAACCUACCGAUGGCACGCAUUUAGAUUGACUCCACUCGGCGUCUCUAGAUUAGAGUAUUCACCUUUAAAAGUCCGUAAAACACUGGUAGACAUAGUUAUUCUUAUUGAAGUUUACAGAAUGUCUUAAUUGCGAAAACUUUCCUGAAACAAAGAUUUUUACUAAUUUACACCAAACAGUUAAAGUUUGAUCCUCGGGUCUUACUAGCUCUUCUUAUCUGCACGGAAAUCCUCGGAAUGACAGUAGGGCUGUAAUUGAAGACCUAGUCCUCCUUCAAUGAGUCCAGGACUAUAAUACGUAGGACUUUCCUACGGAAAUCUUGCAAAAUUAUCAGUAGACGAAAUAGUUGUUCUCUUUUAGGAAUGUCAACGUAUUACUUCAUAAAUCAAACAAAUUUAGGUACUAAAACUUAACGUAGUACUCAAAGAAUUCCUGCAUCACAUGCAGUUUUGUCCGUUGCUCAAAAUAUUCUUCUUAGAAUGUUCUAAAGAACCAACUUAUUUUCGUUACCAAGAACCCAAUUGUCUUCCAUGUAGCUCUUUUACAAAACUGUUUCUAGACUUGUCAUAUUUAUGAUGAUUAGAGUAAUUAAGACAUAUUCUUAGCAUAAUGUCUGUGUUAUUUAAGCAACAAUUACAUUGUACUAAUAACAUUUCUCUUAAAUAAAAUUAAAAAUUCAUAUCCAAAACCAAAAAUUUUAAACUUCAUUUUCAGAUCAGUAUUUUAAAGAGACCAAAAUUGAAUAGUUUGGAGAACCACACAGGCCUAGUUUCACCUAGGGGUAAAUAUAUUGCAUAUUUUAAUGUGAGCCAAGUUGUGCAAGAGAAUAUUUUAUUUUUCCUAUUUGAAUAGUUCAGGAAAACUGUUUUUGUUGCAUGUUCCUUUCAAGCUUAUGUAACAGGAAAUAGUUUCUCAAAGGUGCAUACUGUACUUGUCAUCACUCACUGUUUGUUUCAUCUUCAUGCACGCUCACACCAUUCUUUUCAGCUAUUUGAGUGGUAAAUAAUAGAUGUAUUUUGCACGUUUUUCAUCUGUUCGUAAGGGGGCUUUAUAUAUUAUAGACUUGUUUUGUGUUACUGUGAAUUACAGGGUGUAGGUUAAAAUUUUGAAAGAAAAUUAAAUCUUAUGUGAACCGAGUCUUGGAGAAAAAGUGUUCUAUUACGUAAACAUCAUAAAUUUUGUAGGCUGGGUUUUGUGUGGACUUGACACAAAUAUUUGCUAGUAAAGACAUGGGUGCUAACCUAACAGGUGAAGUAUUUGAACCACAAUAUGGGUAAAGAUAUAUUACCAGAAAUAUCCUCCGAUAUCAAAUAUUGUCUGUGUAGCCAAAUUAAUUCAGACUAGCGACGAGCAUUCUAGAAACUUUCAUUUAAUUCUCAGACGUGUUUUUCUGAAACAUAUUGACAUACAAUUUUAGCAGCGUGCAGGGAGGAGAGAGAACAGAAAGCAGGUAGCAGAUAAGUAGAGAGGGAGCUUGGAUGAUAUAACAGAGAGAGAGAAACUCAAAAACAUGCAGUAUUUGAGAGAUAAGUAUUUACUGUGUAUUUAUUUGUAAUGGCCAGUAGUAUAUUUAUUGCCUUUUUGCUGUGGUGCAUUUAAUGGCCAUAAUGAUGGUUCAUUUUUGUGAUGUUCGUGUCUUUUAUGCAGUGAUUUGGUGCAUAAGUUGUCAUAUCAGUGUUGGUUAUUAAUAUGUAUUUUGAAUGUUCCUUUUUGUGCACCUUUUGCAUUGAUUUUACAGCCUUUUUUCCCAGUUUUGUAAUACAUAAUAUUUUGCUCUUACAAUAUAGUUCACUCUGAUAAGUUUUGAAAAGAUAAUAUUUGCACUGUAAUAACAGUUGUAUGAGUUUUAAGAGUACUUGAUAAUUUGAAACUUGUAAUUGUAGGAUAGGUAUCACGGUUAAAAAUAAGAGAAAUAUAUAUUAUGGUUACUUAAUGAUAAUAUAAUUAUUAAAUAGAGAUAUUUUCACUUUAUAAUCGUUGUAUCUGGAUGUACUGAAACUAAUAUUUCUAUUUUUGUAUUUUCUAUAAAAUGAAAAAAAGAAAACAAGAUAUGAACCAAUAAAUCUAAAU